CCAGGGGAGGGGAGCGAGGCGGCUGGGCAGAGGGUCGAGGCGCCUGGCUGGCGCUGGGUGAAUGCUGCCUGACGAGGAGACGGGCUACGGCAGCAGCAGCAGCAGUAGCAGCAUUUACGUGAAAAGGAGGAUGGCGUCCACGGGCAUGCAGAUCUUUGGCUUUGUCCUGGCACUCCUGGGCAUCAUGGGUGCUAUGGUGGCCACUCUGCUGCCCAACUGGAAGGUGAGCGCAGAUGUGGGCUCCAACAUCAUCACAGCCAUCUCCCAGAUGCAGGGGCUGUGGAUGGACUGCACAUGGUACAGCACCGGCAUGUUCAGCUGCACACUCAAGUACUCCGUGCUUUCACUACCUGCCUACCUGCAGACUGCCCGCACAACCAUGGUGCUGUGCUGCGUACUGGCUGCCAUGGGCCUCUGCCUCGCCUCACUGGGACUCAAGUGCACCCGCUGGGGUGGGGGACGGCGUUCUAAAAGGCACGCUGCAAUUGCCAGUGGCGGCUGCUUCGUUGCUGCUGGCUUCCUGUGCCUGGUGCCCGCUUCCUGGUUUACCAACGAGGUCAUCACCAACUUCCUGGACUCCAGUGUGCCCGAGAGCAAUAAGUUUGAGCCUGGGGGUGCUGUGUACGUGGCCUUUGUGUCGGCAGGCUUCCUCUUUGUGGGGGGGUCGAUCUUCUGUAUGUCCUGCUCGGGGAAGAGACAUGGACCCCAGGACCUGGUCCUGCUGCCCCCUCCUGACAAACUCCUGCUCCAGCAGCAGCAGCAACAGCUGCUCCAGCAACAGCAGCAGGAGCUCCAGCACCAGUACUGCUCCCUCUCACCAUUAGACAAUAAGACUGGCUACAGCCUGCAGGACUAUGUGUAA